AGGCCCCGCGGUGGGCUGGUGCUUCACCCGGCACCGCACAGCGGCCGCGGUGGCCCUUGGCGUGUGGCAGGCGCCCUUGACAGCGGCGCCUCUUUGCUCUGGACCCCGGCUCCCGGCCUCCCCGGACCUCAGUGGCGGGGCCGCGUCGCCGGCGGGAUGGGUGGAGAGGCGGGGUCCACCGCGGCCUUGGGUUCCGAGGGCCGCGUGAAAAGCCUGGGUCUGGUGUUCGAAGAUGAGCGCAAGGGCUGCUACUCCAGCGGCGAGACGGUAGCCGGGCACGUGCUGCUGGAGGCGACCGAACCGGUGGCCCUGAGCGCGCUACGCCUGGAGGCCCAGGGUCGUGCCACCGCCGCCUGGGGCCCGAGUGCCAGCGCCCGCAUCUCAGCCAGCGGCGCUGCUUCCCCAGCUGCCUCGGAGGUGGAGUACCUGAACGUGCGCCUGAGCCUGCGUGAGCCCCCGGCCGGUGAAGCCAUCAUUUUAUUGCAGCCUGGAAAACAUGAAUUUCCAUUUCGCUUUCAACUUCCAUCUGAACCUUUGGUGACCUCAUUUACUGGGAAAUAUGGAAGCAUUCAGUACUGUGUGAAGGCAGUUUUGGAACGACCCAAGGUACCAGAUCAGAGUGUAAAACGAGAACUCCAGGUUGUUAGUCAUGUCGAUGUCAACACUCCAGCAUUAUUGACCCCUGUAUUGAAAACUCAAGAGAAAAUGGUUGGCUGUUGGUUUUUUACUUCUGGUCCAGUCUCGCUGAGUGCCAAAAUUGAAAGAAAGGGAUACUGUAAUGGAGAAGCUAUUCCAAUCUAUGCAGAAAUAGAGAAUUGUUCUUCUCGUCUGAUUGUUCCCAAAGCAGCUAUUUUCCAAACCCAGACGUAUUUGGCUAGUGGGAAGACCAAGACCGUCCGUCACAUGGUUGCCAAUGUGCGAGGAAACCACAUUGCAUCCGGGAGCACUGACACUUGGAACGGGAAAACUCUCAAAAUCCCACCUGUUACUCCAUCCAUCCUGGAUUGCUGCAUUAUCAGAGUGGACUAUUCCUUAGCCGUAUACAUUCACAUUCCUGGUGCUAAAAAACUGAUGCUUGAGCUGCCUUUAGUUAUUGGUACAAUUCCCUAUAAUGGUUUUGGCAGCAGAAACCCCAGCGCUAGCCAGUUCAGCAUGGAUAUGAGCUGGUUGACACUGACCCUGCCAGAACAGCCUGAAGCACCACCAAAUUAUGCGGAUGUGGUAUCAGAGGAAGAAUUCUCUAGACAUGUUCCUCCUUACCCUCAGCCCCCCGACUGUGAGGGAGAAGCGUGCUAUCCUAUGUUUGCCUGCAUACAAGAAUUCCGGUUUCAGCCCCCACCACUUUAUUCAGAGGUUGAUCCACAUCCUAGUGAUGUAGAAGACACACAGCCUGUUUCCUUCAUUCUCUGAAUGUACUUCAGAAUCACUGUGUUCAUCAUCAAAUUAGAAUGUUGCUUCUUUCACCUGCCUUUCUGAGGGUGGGAGAGAGAAGGCUAACUUAAGAACAUAAGUAAGAAUAUGAGAACAUUCCAGUGGGCCAAUAGGAUGGUUGCGCUAAUUUAUUUGUUCCCUUUGAAAAAUGGGAUGAAGAUGUGAAAAGUCGAAGAAUGUAGUGGAAGUCCUGGUGGUGGCAGAGUAAGUGUAGGAGUGCCUGUGCUGACCUGAGAGGAAGGAGCCUGAAACUGGUGGGAGCAUGCCUUUAAGAAACUGUGAGAGCAUGCCUUUAAGAAGGCUUGUCAACGUGGAACGGAACAAAGGUGUCGUGAACUUAAGGCAACUCGGACUAAUUGGGAAAAGACAGUUGCAAAGAGCCAAGCAACAUAGAAAUGUGUGUGAAUGGCAAAGUGGCCUACUCUAAAUACAAAGUGAGACCCCUCAGGUUUCAGGGUCUUCAUGAUUUCUUUCCAUAUUAGCACAUCAAGGACUAAAGUCCUUGGAAGCAUCCUUUCUUGAGACCAUGCUCACGUAAAGGUCCUAAUGAAGUAAUGACCGUUUUCACUCCUUCAAUAGUAGGUUACAGUGUACUUUAUAAGUUGGCUGUAGAAUGUCAGGAAACCUAAAGGGCUUCUGGAAAGCUUUACACUUCAAAGGGGAAAGGAGAAUUUUAACAUGAAAAUAUGCUUUGUUGAAGACUGUACUAUUUACCACCCUUAAGUACUUCCACAGGAUAUAUAUUUGACUUUCCUCUUGUCUUACUUUCCUAUGGGCACAUUAAAAAAAGAAAGGGGGAUCAAAAGCUUACAUAUUCAGGAUGCCUUGAUAACUACACAGUCAAAAACAAAAACAAAAAAUCUUAACCUACCUCUAGUGGGGUUAUCAGAUGUUUUUUAAACUCUAGGCCUGAUCACCCUUCUUCAGAGUUUCUGCUACUUACUAUAGCAGUCUUAUCUAUCACUAAAUCUGAAACUAGACCAAGGGUAAAAUCCACCAUGUUAGCAUUAAGUGAAAAUAAACAUAUGUAUACCUAAGGAUAUUUCAAAAUAAAUGCAGAAUCAAAGAGGAUAGAAACAUCUUUUUUUUUUUAAAGACAUACAUUUGAUUUCUAUCAAAAGGCUUAAAUCCACUGAUGAUAGUCACUGCAUUAUACAUUGUUUUCAAAUUCUUCAGCAACUAUUUAAACUGUGAUUUUCUUUAUUGUUUUGGUGCAAUAUUUUAUUGUCAGUUAAUCUCAGGAUUUUCAGACCAACAGGAUUAUGUUGCUGCUAAAUGUUUGAGCAGUGUUUUCACUGUCCCCCUGUCCCCUCCUGUGCAUGGUCACAUACUCACCUGCUUUUCCUUCAGUCUGUUGGUUCUGUGAGCUGAGAACAUUUCUGGACACUCAUUGGAAGGGAGAUAGGGAUUCCCAUGAUAGAGAUUGUGGACCAGCCAAGUCUUAAGGGUUUGAUCGAGAAACCCUGGUGCUUCCCAGGCAUGAUACUGUACUUCAUUCAAUAAAAUGAUUAACUUAUCUUUAAAUCAGUAUGUUCACUUAGAAAUAGAAAAAUUCUACUAUGGUUAAAUUUUGUAUUUAGAAAUCAGUCAGACAUUUGAUCAGGGAUUUUCUACAAACAUUAGGUAAAUGUGCGCUUUUCACCCUUCUCAGAUACCUCUCUUCUCUGUAAUCAUGUAACCAUCAAACACACUUGUUUCAUGACAAGUCACUGUUUAAAAUCAUAAUGCAAAACUGUUAUAUGAGUAAUUGUGGUACUAUAUUUGUCACAAAACUUUAAUCCUUGCUUUGGUUUUUAGAGAUUAUUUUUAAUGUUUUGUUUUGUGUGUCUUUAAGCAGGUUUGUGUAUUUGAGUGCUGUCCAAACAGCUUUAUUUUUACUUGAGAAAGAUCAUUUUCAGCUGUUUAUUGACUUCUAAGCUGAAGUUUACAUGCCAUGUCUAGACAUUGUCCAUCUCCACAAAACCAAAACAAAGGGAAACUGUAUGGACAGAGAGAGAGAGAGUUGAGUUAUUUGGCUCCAUGUAGAAAAGCAACCACUUAACGGAAUCCUUCAGUAGGAUUGUUUUAUCUCCUUGAUUAGAGAAAUCACAAAGUCCCCCUGAAAAAUUGAAACAAUUUUGUAGCAUUAAGAAAAUAAAUCAGAAGUGUGACUUGAUACUGGUCUACCUGACCUUAAGCAGCUGUAGGUUCAAACUGCAUACCUUUUCAUAAUCAAAAUAUGAAUACUGAAAACUACAUUGGAACAGAGAAAACCUACAAAUGAAGAUAAAAAUUUAGCUGCUAUUAUUUGUCUGUUUAUUCCCUUCUUGUUCUUUAGUUUUAAAAAAAAAAAAGUGGCCUUAGAAUUUUGUUUUUGAUGCAAAAAUUUAAAAUGUGCAUCUUUUGGCACACAAAAUCCUUCCCUUGGCAAAACUAUUUGUGUAUAUAUGUUUCUGUUUUGCACAAUAAGAAACUCAGUAGGCAGGGGUUAUGUUUUUGAUAAGUUAACUAUGAAAGCUUUUUUUUUUAUUUUUUAUUAAAAAUAUAACAGUUUAACCCACAGGAAAAAAAACUAAAGAUUGUAUUUUGUAUUCUUGCUUGAACCCCAUGGGUUCUUUUUGUUAAUAAAAUUAUUCUAUUAAUGCUGUGA